GGGAAAGGGGAAGGAGCAGGGAGGCUGCGUGCGUGCGUUUCGGGGCAUGUCUGUGUGGCAUGUCGUUUGGAUGGUCGUUGAAUAAAAGAGCAAGGCUUUUUAGCAUUUGAUGAUCCCCUGCGCGCGCGCGCUCGCUCUCGCCCGCCCCUGGACAGUGAUGGUGGGUGGGGAUGGAGAGGGGGAAAGGAUGAGAUUUGAUUAUUAUUAUCACAUUCUCGUGACCCACCGAGAACCAGAUUGGAACCAGAUUUCCUGCAUUCUCACGACUGUCAGAUUGGAUGUGUGUGUGUGUGUCUCAAGGCGGCGUACUUUUCUUCACAAAUCGUGGCAGAGAGGGAGAGAGUGAAAGGUAUGGAGGAAAAAUAUGUCUGCCAAGAGGGGGAGAGGCGGGUUUGCAUUGGCAUGGUUGGAAACAUUAAGGCCACACAAUAGGGGGCUUCCCGGGCACCCAUUUCCUUUGGGCGCUUUUCCGAAACGAUUCACUCGUGUGCCAUGCACGCGGUUCAGCGCAGGGUGGGGUUCCCCCGAUGAUGGAGCCUCUGUUCACGAUUCUCUUGUUCAGUUCCCCUCCCCCCUACUUCUCCUUCUCCCCAUCCCGUUACUCUGCCUUUAUCUUCGGUUGAAUUCUUUUAUCAUUCGAAAGCUUAAUGUAGUGGAAAAUUUAUUGUUUCUUUACGGUGACAAGGCAGAUUUUGGAUUUGGCAGGCAGAAUCACUUUUUCCUCGGUUAAUUUCAUUUUCGCUACGCCAAUCGUUUCAUUUAAGCCGCUUGCCGCCGUUGCUUGCGCCUUCCCUUGCCCUUUUGUGUGUGUGUGUGUGUGUGUGUGUGUGUGUGUGUGUGUGUGUGUGUGUGUGUGUGUGUGUGUGUGUGCAGCACCAAUAUCAUGAAUUUUUGGGAUUUUGUUUCGCGGCUGCCCAGCCUUUUCCCAUGCUUUCCUUCGAAAAACACCUGCCAAGAGGCGCGGAAUAAUCGUGCGUAUCAAUGCUGGCAAAAUACUAUCUCGCGUGCUCUACGCGUGCGGGGCCAUGCACGAAUUCGUCGAUUUGUUUUCUGUUUUUGUGCGGGGCUAUUUUUCUCUCUCUCUCUCUCUCUCUCUCUCUCUCUCUCUCUCUUUCUUGAUUCGCUGUUCGCAGCAACUGAUAACCAAUUCUCAUCUUUCAAUCGACAUCAAUCUAUCACUGAGCGCUGUCGUGAUGGGUUUUUUUUUCUUUUUUUAUCUUCUUUUUCUCGUUUGUUAUUCACCUGACCAUACUGAAGACAUGACAGUUGUUUUGCCGAAAAUUUUGUUGUUUUUUUGAUGCAAUUCGGCUUGAACGUACGCAGAGUAGCACGUGAUGUGAUUUUCGCAAAGGGUGAAGUUCCCUGUUGGCGGGAAAAUGGGAAGAAAGGUAUCGAGAGUUGGAUGCGUGGAAUUAAUUAACCAUAAAUGGCAUCAUGGAAGCAUGCCAUUUUAAUAAGGAACAAGGCAGCAAAGGUUGAUUGAUGAUGGGAUUAUUCAGCACAAAUUACAGAUGAAUAGUAGAAACUUGUUUGCUUCAACAUGAUCGCGAGUCUUUGCAAGCUUGAUUAGAGUCGUUUAUUGUUUCUUCACAAUAUCUGUUCUAUUUGUCUAGCCAACACAAUGGGAGGAAAACAAAAAUACCAUCUUACUUUUUACUAUUACCACGUGACGUCGUUUGCAGAUAUCAUUUGUGAUGUAACAUACCAAAACCGGCCAGCAAAAGUGCUCGGAAAAUGUGCGUCAUCGCGCCGGGUAUAUGGUUGCGCACUGUUUGCGCACAGUACGCCUUGGUCGCUAACUUUAUUCCGCCAGUUACACGUCCGUUCGCAUACAUUUGAGCUUUCGAAAAGUAAAACAAGCACUCCUAUUUCGUCGUCGGCUUUGAAACAGUCCACCCCAUUUUUGGAAUGCCAUUUGCAAACCACUUUCCAAUCACUAUCAGGCCUUACCCUUUGCGGCCGUCAACCCAGAAAAUGUAAAACCAGCUGUAACUGGGACGCGUACCUGCUUCCCUUCGCUUGAAAUCCAGCACUCUUCGACACAGAUCGAGUGGGGUUCGUGCUCGAUGGGGCUGUCAAAUCGCUCGAAGGAUUUGAGCCUCACUCCGUGCGCCACAAUCGCAUUGGAGAGGGUUGAAGAUUCCACCAGGCAGGGGUCUGUUUUUGCCGCUCUCAAAGCAAAGAAAACAAAAAAAAAUGGAUAGGUUGUUAGGGAAAAAUCCCAAUCGAUUUUGCAAAACCACCAAAGUGUGGGGCUGGGGUUGUUGGGCGGUCGUCGUGUCACUUUCACUCUCGCUUGCACGGUGCCUUCAGCUGGGGUGCUGGGGUGCUACACACACUGGCGGUGAUUUAUCGACGUGUGAAACCGAUUCCAAGAGGCGUUUGCAGAGGGGGAGACACGUUCACUUCACCUUCUCCUUCGUGUCGUUCGGGGUGAACCACAUCCGUUCGGGCUUCGGAUUGAUUUGCCAGCCUGAUCGUGCUCGCGGGAAUAAGGCCGGCCGAUUUCCGACACAGCCCAUACAUCACUCGCGUGGGAUGGAGGGUCGUGAGUGAGCGAGUGUGUCGACAUAUGUAUGCUGCUGAAGCACGGUUGUCGGAUGAUCGUGAGCAGCUUUAAACCACGUUUGCCAAUUUGACAAUGACAGUAUUAUUUCUCUCUCUCUCUCUAUCUCUAUCUCUCUUUCUCUCUCUAUCACUCUCUCCAACUCCCGAAAUGAACAAAAUGGUUGUUAUGGUAGGGAUUGAUUUGAAAGGAAAUUUGAACAAUUGAUCACAUAUGGGUACGGUUUUGAUAAUUUUUUGCACAUGACAAGUGAGAGUAUCGCGCUACUAAAAUACACACACACACAUAUACAUCUAUUGAACAGCGAAUAAAAAAAAACGGAAAAACCAGUCGUUAAUAAAUUAACACGAAACGAUCUACUCCUGGCUGAAAUGAAAUUAACUGCCCUGCUUUUUUUAUGUACAGUUUGCAUGUGUUUCUAUUUAUUGAACAUUAUCUACCCCUAUGCAUGGAAUCGAAUUUGAAUUAAUUAGUAUGCGGUAACCGCACCCAAACACACUUUUCUAGCAACAAAAUAAAUUGGUCGACGAGCAAGAGGAAAAGGAAGCAAACAGGGUGUGUAAUUUAUUGGAGAUAAACACAUUUUCAAACUAGCGAGUCGCAAACAAUAAGGGAAACGCUUUAGUAAUUUAUACUGUGUGUGUUCGUGUGUAUAUGAGUGAGUGUGCUUUUUUUUAAAUCAAUUAUUUUGUGCAAACUCACCAAACUAUGUAGCGAAUCGUGCUAGUUUUGAUGUUUGUCACGUAGUCAGGGAAAUAUAAAUUAAUGGUAAUUAAGUGGCAACCGACGCACCUUGACAAUCUGUCAGCGCGGCAAUGCAUGCACCGGGAUCGCGCAGAACUAUGCUGAUCAUUGGAUCUUAUUGUAUGAUGAUUCUCACAAAAUGUAUCGAUUGAAAACAAAUCGUUGACAGGGCAUAGCUCAAAAAAAUGCUCACAGUUUUUUUUAACAGAAAUAUACACAAUUCUACCAUCGAAUGAAGAAUUGUGACUUGUUAAUUUUUUUACUUGCCUUUGCACUAGGAAACAACAUCAUAGGAUUAAUCGGACGUUGGAUGGAUGUCACCUUCAGAACCCCUGCCCCCUCCCUCCAUUUCAUUGCUCCACUUCCCUUAAAAUACAGCCUGAAACAUCAAGUUCCAGUUGUCGAGAACAUACAGUGUCGGACAAAUCAAUAGGACCACUUAUCAAUUUAUUAUUCACUUAUCAUAUUUCAUGACUUAAAGUGAAUCAAUCUUUACCAAACUUACUAUUAGAAUGUUUGCUUUAAGAAUGUUUUUAAAGUUUGGUAAAAAGUUAAGAUACAAAAAAGUUAUGAUAAGAAAUGUAAACAUUAUCCAAAAAUCAUGCGCCAAAAUAAUAGGACCAGUUCAGAAAAUUUGAAAAUAAUUAUCAUUUAUUAUUAUUAAAUAACAUUUUUCGAUGUUAUUGAGUUUUCGGAUAAUUUAACUUAAAUUAGUGAACAAAGGCGUGUACAUUUUUUUUGUAGAAACGCUUAGCGCAGUGGCAAUUUGCUGUGUCUUUAAUUAACAUACUCUAAUUUACUAAUGCGAGAAUAUUACGGCACUCGCUUGAGGGUUUUGAGCUCCCUUUGCACUGAGAGACGAAAUAGUGGUGAGUACCUUCGUCUAUGGGUCGCGCGAGUACCUUCGUGUCACAGCGCUGGAUCGCUUACACUGUGUUCUUACAUUCGACUUGUGACAGCUGAAGUGUGCGGACGUAUUUCUUAAACCUCCUGCUCUGUAGUCUGUGAUUUGUUACCCGUUAUUUUUCCUCUUUGUUUCGUGUGCGACCUUGCUGUGAAGUGUUACUUUUAGACGUUCAAUGCAGUCCUUUUCAGGACUGGUUUUACGUGGUUAGGGAUAAUAUAUGUAUCACUGUGAAGUGUUUGUUGGUGUGGUGAUUCUGUGAUUUAAACAGUGAUUUGAAAUUGAAAUAAACAGUUGUUUUAAAAGAGAUAUUUUUACAUUGGGCUGACACCAUGUUAGACCCUCCCCCCUUAGGGGGGAAUUUUCCCCCUACCGGGACCACUCGUAGAGUGAGACCUAUGCCCCCGUGGAUGGACAAAGACAAUGAGAAUGGUGAAUUAAAGUAUUUGGUGCUUCAAAUGGCAAAUGAUUCUGCCUUGCCCGUAAACCCAUUCAUCGUAGGUAAAACCAUCAAGGACGCCGUUGGCAGUGAUCUUAGUGAGUUUGGCCGUAAAAUCGACAGUGGAAAGAAGCUUUUGCUGAAAACUAGGAACCAAAGCCAGUUUGAGAAGCUACAAAAAAUUACAAAGUUAAUCGAUGGAACCCUUGUGAAAGUUGCUCCUCAUGUGACCCUCAAUAAUGUUCAGUGUGUAAUUUUUGCCCCGGAUCUAAAAGGAUUAAGUGAUGAAGAUAUUUUGGAGAACUUGAGUGACCAAAAAGUAAUGAAUGUUUGGCUUUUUACGCGUAAAGUGAAUGGUGAAAUUGUGCCAACAAACAUUUUUCUGCUUCGAAUCAAUGCUACCUUCAUUCCGGAGUUUAUUCGCCUUGGUGCUUUACAAGUAAAAACAAGAGCUUAUUACCCAAAACCAAUGCAGUGUUUUAACUGUGGACAGUUUGGACAUACACAGAUUCACUGUAAACUGUCGCCUACCUGCACUAACUGUGGUACCCCUGCGCAUGGAGAGUGCACCGUAGAUCCCGUGUGCAUCAACUGCAAGGACAACCACAGCACCACGUCUCGUACCUGUCCCCGCUACCUCCAAGAAGAACAGGUCAUCAAUUAUAAGAUCGACAACAACUGUUCUUACGGUGAGGCACGUAAAGCUCUGCUUAAUGUUACCCAAUCCACAAAUUCUAGUCCCAUUCAAAACCGCAUCACAUACGCACAACAGACACACACAGUAGAUGAAAAAGACACCCAAAUUAAAGAACUCAAAAAAAAGAAUGAAUCUCUAGAAAAAAUGAUAAUUUUGCUUACACAAACAGUAACUAAUCUAACAACAAAAAUCGAAGAUCAGGAUAAAACUAUGAAAAGAAUGUGCAAGAAUUUUGAAAAGAGUUUAGAAAAAAAAAGAAAAUAGAAU